AUGAGUAAUACUCAAAAACAAAAAAACACUUUAUUUUCUUAUUUUAGUACAAAUAAAAAAAUUUGUUUGGAAAAUGAUGAGGCUGCAUCUGAAGAAGAAGAACAUGAGUUAUUGCAAUCCACAUCAAAACCUAUUACAAAUAUAAAUGAUAUUGGUAAUAUCGUUGAUAAAUCGUUUUUAAAAGAUGCCGAUACAAAACUUGUGCUUACUAAUCUGUGGGUCCCAGAUACAAAGUAUAACUUUCCUAUACUUGAAUGCAAUAAAAAACGUGGACUGAAAUUCCAACAUAAGUGGCUUCAUGAAUUUAAAUGGCUUUGUUAUUCAGAAAUUAAAAGUGGUGCUUUCUGUAAACACUGUGUUUUAUUUGCAAAGAGUGGUGGUGUUGGAAGUCAAUCUUUGGGAAACUUAGUAACUGAACCCUUUACAAACUGGAAAAAGGCUAAAGAGGUUUUUCGAUAUCAUAUGAAUUGUAAAUAUCAUUUGUCAGCAGUUCUUGAUUCUGAGCAUUUUUUGAAGGUUUUAAACAAAGAAGAACCAUCUAUAAUCGAACGAAUUGAUCGAAAUAGAAUGACUCAAGUUGAAGAAAACCGCAAAAGACUUAGACCGAUUAUUGAAUGUAUAUUAUUAUGUGGCAGAGAAGAAUUAGCAUUACGUGGUCAUAAAGAUUUUGGUAGCAUUUCAGUUGAUGAAGAUGCUUUGAGACAAGGAAAUUUUCGGGCCAUACUUAAAUAUAGAGCAAAAGGUGAUGAUUUUUUACGAAGUAUUCUUGAGGGUCCAGGGAAAAGAAAUAAGUACACCAGUCCAACUAUCCAAAAUGAUAUAAUAGAGUCCUGUAAUACAAUACUAUUGAAAAAAAUUGCAAAAAAAGUGAACGAGUCUAAAUGUUUCUCGGUACUUGCCGAUGAAACCACAGAUAUUUCAACAAAAGAACAGCUUGCUAUUUGUGUAAGAUAUGUCAGUGAUGAUAACAUGUUGCAUGAAGAUUUUUUACAAUUUUUUGAGAUUGAAAGUCUGACUGGUGAAGCUUUGGCAAAUUCCAUAUUAAAUAUUAAUCAUGAUUUAUACUAUAGUAUUAAAUAA